AUGUCCCCUCCUCGCGAUUUUGCUUCUGCUGAUGCAACAGCUACCGAUGAUGUGAACCGCCCUCGUGUUCCUAUUGCCUCACCUUAUACACCUCGUUAUCAAGAUCCAAUGUCCAAUAUCUCUAAUUUCAAGAUUAUCGAGACUACCUUGCGAGAGGGUGAACAAUUUGCCAAUGCCUUCUUUGACACAAAAACCAAGGUUGAGAUUGCCAAGGCACUUGAUAACCUUGGAGCCGAUUAUAUCGAAUUGACCUCGCCAGCUGCUUCGGAACAAUCACGUAACGACUGUACAGUUAUUGCUGGUCUUGGUUUGAAGGCCAAGGUGCUUACCCAUGUGCGUUGCCACCUUGAUGAUGUUAAACUUGCUAUUGAUACUGGCGUUGAUGGUGUCAAUGUUGUCAUGGGCACAUCAAGUUAUUUGCGUGAAUUUUCUCAUGGCAAAAGCAUGGAAUACAUUACCAAGAAGGCCAUUGAAGUCAUUGACUAUGUCAAAAGCAAAGGCUUGGAGGUUCGCUUUUCUACCGAGGACUCUUUCCGUUCUGAUCUUGUCGACUUGCUUGCCAUCUACCGUGCCGUUGACAAAGCAGGUGUUCAUCGCGUUGGUAUUGCCGAUACCGUUGGCUGUGCAAAUCCUCGCCAAGUCUAUGAGUUUGUGCGUACACUACGUAGCGUGGUGAAUUGCGAUAUCGAAUGUCAUUUCCACAAUGAUACUGGCUGUGCUAUUGCAAAUGCUUAUACUGCUCUUGAAGCUGGUGCCACUCAUAUCGAUACCACAGUUCUUGGCAUUGGAGAACGUAAUGGUAUCACACCUCUUGGUGGCUUACUCGCAAGAAUGUAUACAGCAGACCGCGCCUAUGUCAUGGACAAGUACACUUUGCCCGAUAUUCGACACGUCGAGAACAUUGUUGCCGAAGCUGUUCAGGUCACUGUGCCUUUUGACAACUACAUUACUGGUUUUUGUGCAUUUACGCACAAAGCUGGUAUCCAUGCCAAAGCUAUUUUGAACAACCCAUCCACAUAUGAAAUCUUGAAACCCGAGGAUUUCGGUGUGUCUCGCUAUGUUAGCAUAGGUCAUCGUCUCACUGGUUGGAAUGCUGUGAUGAACCGAAUUGAGCAACUUCAACUUAGUAAUAUGAAUGACGAUGAUGCCAAGGCCAUCACACAGAAGAUCAAGCAGCUUGCAGAUAUCCGACCUUUAGGUCUUGAUAAUGUUGAUGUUCUCAUUCGGCAAUACCAUACUGGCAAACAAACUUCUGAACACAUCAAAGUGCUGAAUAGCAUCGAAUCACCGGAUCAGCUCACAACCACUGGCAACCGCUAA